AAUAUGGUUGAUACAGACAAGUGGAAGCAGAAAUCCGUGAAGCAGAAGCGAAACUCCGAAGUGUGCGAGCGGAAGCAGAGGAAUCGUUGCGUGAAGCAACGCAAGCGAAAGAAGCAGAGCGAAACGUGUCGCAACAGGUGCAAAAGCUCAUGAAACUUAGGCACGAUAAGGAAGAAUUACAGCGCACGCUGGCUUCGCAGUUGGAACAGCUGCAGGCACCACAUCAUGCUGUGCUGUUGGACGAGCUAAAACACUCCCAGGAGAAGAUGCAAACAUUGCAAGUUCAAGUGGAACAGUUCACGGCAAAGGAACGGCAGUACAGGACCAAGAUGGACGAAUUCGACACCAAGAUUAGGAAAGUCAAGGGCAAACUGGCGGAAGCGACGUCCGCUUGUCGCAACUUGAGUGAAGAAAUAGAACAAGAGCAACUAAAACUAGAUCACGGCACCUCGGAGCGUAGAUCGUGUCAGCAGAAGCUCAACGAGGAUAAACAGAAGAUAGGCCAAGUGGAGGCAAUUUUGAAACAGAAGUUUGACGUCAUAAAGGAAAAUAUCGCCGACGCGGAGAGGCUGUGUCCUAGAAUUGACAAUCCAAGAGAUAAAACAUUAGUAGAGAAUGAGCUAAAAAAGACGCAGCUGAAGCUUUCGUCGCUGCGCAGCGACGGGCUGACCAAGGCUCAAGUGGCAGAGAAGUUAUUAGAGGUGGAACGCAAGUACCGCAAGACUGCAGACUCGCUUAAGAAAGUCAAAGAGCUUAUUGCUGAUAUCAAAAAGGUAUCCGAGAAACACUUGAGGUUUUGCAUUCAAGUGCAGACUCAUAUUUCGAGGAGAAUUCAAGUCUACUUCCAAGACAUUCUCACUGUACGCGGAUACUCUGGCUGUAUGGAGAUCGAUCACGCUCGCAGCUUGCUCGAGAUAAAAUGCACUGGCCGUGAGUCCAGCUCGAAACGCCACGCCUCCUCCACGUCCUCUCUAUCCGGCGGCGAACGGUCUUACUCUACAGUGGCUUUUUUCAUGGCUCUGUGGGACUGCGUCGAGUUGCCCUUUUACUUCCUUGAUGAAUUUGACGUGUUUAUGGUAAGUACGGUAUCAAGAGUGUGUGAAGCUUGA